GCGAAACUCGAUGAUUCAAAUUCACAGUCAACGCACUAUGAUGUUCAGGCAGUCAUGGUUGACCGCGGCAGGAAGGUUCCGAGCCUUGAGUACAUGGCACUUGAAGCGUCUUCCGCUUCAGGUGCAAGUGCCGACUCCAUGUGAUGGCGUCAUUGCGAGCGCUCAAACACCAAAGCGCAUUGAAACGUUGGCUGCAGAAAUCGGGAUCGACGCCGCGGACGAGUUAAAAACAUAUGGGCCAUUCAAAGCUAAAGUGUCGUUGGACGUCUUGAAGCGGCUACACCAUCAGCCGAAUGGCAAGUACGUUGUGGUGGGCGGCAUGACCCCCACGCCGCUAGGGGAAGGCAAGACCACGUGCGUGAUGGGAUUGGUGCAGGCACUGGGUGCGCAUCUCAACACGAAUGCAUUUGCAUGUGUGCGACAGCCUUCCCAGGGACCCAUCUUUGGACUCAAAGGCGGCGCGGCGGGCGGCGGCUACGCCCAGACGAUCCCCAUGGACGAGUUCAACAUGCACUUGACAGGGGACAUCCAUGCCGUGUCCGCCGCCACGAACUUGCUCGCGGCAGCCAUCGACGCCCGCAUGUUUCACGAGCGCAACCUCACGGAUGCGACUUUAUAUCAGCGGCUAGUAUCGUCCAAAGCGCCGUCGUCCAGUGCACAGUUUACCCCUGCGAUGCGCCGCCGACUGGCCAAACUCGGCCUGUCACCAACGUCGACACCUGACGACCUGACACCAACUGAACGGCGGAGAUUCGCUCGCCUUGCUUUGGAUCCUGCCACGAUCACCGUGAAACGGGUGGUGGACACGAACGACCGCUUCUUGCGCCACGUCACAGUGGGUCAAGGCGCGGCGGAGAAAGGGCAAAAUCGGGCCACGGGCUUUGACAUCACCGUUGCGAGCGAGCUCAUGGCGAUCUUGGCGCUCGCGAACGACCUCCCCGACUUGAAAUAUCGUAUUGGACGGAUGGUCGUGGGGUUUAGCCAUGCUGACGACCCCGUCACCGUCGACGACAUUGGGGUCACUGGCGCGUUGACAGCGUUGCUCCGAGAUGCCAUCGAGCCUACGUUGAUGCAAACUCUGGAAGGCACUCCAGUAUUUGUCCAUGCGGGUCCUUUUGCCAACAUCGCGCACGGCAACUCGUCGAUUCUCGCGGAUCGGCUGGCGCUCAAACUUGUGGGCUCGUCUGGUGUGGUGGUGACAGAAGCUGGGUUUGGGGCUGACAUGGGCAUUGAAAAGUUCUGCAACAUCAAGUGCCGGGCUAGCGGCCUCGCGCCCGACUGCAUCGUGCUGGUCGCGACGAUUCGGGCUCUUAAACUGCACGGCGGCGCCGCGUCUGUCGUCGCUGGCAAGCAACUGCCUCUCGAGUACACGACGGAGCGCCUCGAUUUGAUCGAAAUGGGCAGUUUGAACUUGGCCAAGCAGAUUGCAAACGCCCAGGCCUUCCACGUACCUGUGGUCGUGGCAGUCAGUCCUUUUUCCCAUGACUCUGCCGCCGAAUUGGAGCUCGCGAGGACGCUAGCCAUCGCAGCAGGCGCGUCCGACGCGGUCAUUGCGCCGUACUAUGCCCAAGGCGGCGCGGGCGCCGUGGACCUUGCGAUUGCUGUGCAACGUGCGAUGCAACGACGUCCAGAUUCUGGUGACCGGUCUGAGUUUGCCACGUUGUACACGAAUGACAUGUGUGUGGUGAACAAGGCCAACGCGGUCGCAAGAACGAUGUAUGGAGCGUCCGCUGUCGAAUUUGAAGACUCUGCCAACGCUGACCUGAUACGGUAUGCCGCGCAUGGAUUUGGGGACUUGCCCAUCUGCAUCGCCAAGACACAGUACUCUCUGUCGCAUGACUCCAAGAUCAAAGGCGUACCGCGUCCAUUUGUCUUGCCCAUCCAUCGCGUACGACUGAAUGCCGGCGCGGGGUUCAUCACACUAUUUGCGGGGGAUGUGUCGACCAUGCCUGGUCUGCCCACGCGACCGAGCUUCAUGGACAUUGACGUUGAUGAAACCACGGGCCAAAUCACGGGGUUGUUUUAGCUGUGAGAUUACGUUCAAACAUAAUACCAGUGUAAUAAAAUAUAACUAUAAGAU